AUGUUGAUCAUCACCGUAGUGCUGGCCAUCCUCUGGCCGUCCGCCGCUACGCAACACGCCAAUGUACGCGAAGACCCGAACCCGUUGCUUCGCGUACAACCCACGCUGGAAUGUCUCCCCGACGGGAUGCGCCUUCACCUCAGCCCGAUUGGCCCAUUUUCGGGCCAUGUCUACGUCAAGGGAUACUUUAAUGCGCCGCCGGAAAGUUGUCAUCUCGACUAUUGCCGAGCGCCAGUAUCUUCGCCGUUUUAUAUUCACAUACCUUAUAAGGGGCAUUGUAUGGUAUCGACGCAGAAAACGGCGAAUCCCCCCGGCAUCAACUACCAGGUCACCGUCAUUGUUCAACACCAUCACUUCUUUGUCACGGCAGGAGACCGUGCCUAUCGUCUCAACUGUCUCUACGAGGAGAAACCUGUGACUUUACGGCAGCAGGUCAACGUCAAAGAAAUGCAACCGACAAAUCUUGGCGGGACAGCCGGCGCCUCGCAUUGCCGCUACGAUGUGUUGGGGGAUGGGGUGGAUGGGGCGAGAGUACGGCUCGCUUCGAUCGGACAGCCGAUUGUGCAUAGGUGGACUUGUAAUAAUGAAGACGUCGGCUUCCUCGUCCAUUCCUGCAGUGUCAAAGAUGAACAGGGAAAAGACUAUGAACUGGUCGACGAUCGAGGAUGUCCGAUCGACGGCUCGAUUGUGCCGGCCCUGGAAUAUUCGGUUGACCUCCACACUGUCCACACUACCAUUAAUGCUUUUCGAUUCGCCGAUCAGCUGCUGGUCCACUUCAGCUGCCAGCUAACCCUCUGCGAAAAGCGGGACAACGGCUGCGAGGGCAUUGUGGUGGAAAAACAACCUGAAUUCCCGGUGAGGCCGGAUCCGGAAGAUAAACCGGAAGAAGUGGGAUGGACAGACGCUGAGGGGUCGUUCACCCGAAAAUUGGCCGCCGUCCGCGACGCUGAAGUCAUUUCGACGACGAAGCCGGCCUCGAAAAUACUCACCGGACACCUCGUGCAAAGAUACCACCAAAUGCAACGCGAAGAGGCGGAGAAAAAGGCCGCGGCUGAACAGCUUUUGGUUCAAAUCACGACCACCUUCCCAACGCCCACCACCCUGGAUGAAGCGUUUGAGAUGCCGAAGACUACGCCAUCACCGCAGAUCCCCGACAGCUAUCACGACUAUUUUACCACCCAACGAAUACCUACCGGCUUCCGGUACUACGUCCCGAUAAGAUUCGGCGAAAAUCGCGAUGAAAUAAUGCCGGCUGGAAGAUAUGUUUAUACAACACCACCUCCAGCCGCGCUGCCGAUACGCCACUAUCCGCCCGGAUUCUUCGACUAUCAACGAUUAGGGAGAUUUGAGAAUAGUGAAAGUCUACGUCGCUAUUCUGAAGAUCGGGAUACCUACGCCAGUUCGCACUUCCAAAAUGUACAAGGCGGCUUCCGGUUUGAAGGUGACGUCCCGGCAAUGCAAGAGGUCGAGCAUUACCGGGCCGUCAGAAAAACCGUGACGAAUUCAACGACUUCGUCAAGUUACGAAACGCUGGGCCGGGGGACCGCCUUUGAAACGACCAUCAUUUCGGCCAGAAUUCCUACCGACAAUGAAAAGCGUCUGGAAUCUCGGACGACACGGCUGGCCAGGAAUUUAGACCCUAGAAACCCUGUAAAAACAAUCACGAUUGGAGUCGAAACCGGACCGCUACUCGUCGUUUCUUCUGAGGAGGGUUUCCCCACCCAGAAGUCUCGCCGUGAAGCCGCGAACGAUACCGAAGAAGCCGAGCCCGCCAAGCAGACAAUGCCAUCCGAUUGUCCGCAUCUCAUAUUUUCCCAAUUCAUUGCCACCCUGAUCUUCACCCUCCUCCAGCUCGCCACCCUCAGCGUCAUCCUCGUACAGCGCCGCAAAUUGAGAGCGCUCCAAAAAUCCGAAAACGCAUUU